AUGGCCAGAGACAAUGGUGCAAAAGAAUACGGUGUGGAUAAAAUGAAAACUCCGCGAAAAAACGAUCGCCAUGAGGAGUCAAUCGUCACAUCGCCCGUCGUCGAUUCGCCAAAGCCCAAGAAGAGAAAAAGAGAAAGCAAGCCUGAACAGUCGGAUACCAGAUACAGCGUCGUUGAAGAACAAAAUGCAGUGGUCACACCGGUCAAAGAAUCCAAAAAGCUUCAAUCGGAAGAUCAGACUCCGACGAAGGGUUCUGUUUCGAGGGAUCGGAAAGAAAAAACGAACCGAAACAACGCCUCAGAAUUGUCUCCUCGGCCCGAUGAGACGGCUUCGGAUAUGAGAAUUGAUGACAAUACGCCGAAGAAGAUCAAGAAACGCAAAAAUGAACUUGUGGAUAAAGAUCAAUCCGAAGCCAACGAUGUGCCUGACAAAAUCCACAAACGCAAGCAUGAGCAAUCCUCUACAACGCCUCAAGAUGAGGACGAGAAACAUAACUCAAAGCACGCAAAGUUAUUGAAGAAGUUUGAGAAAUCAAUCAAGGCUAAAAACCUCAUCAGCGAGGAUGCGGGAGAAGAAGCUCCGGCCGAGACGGGCACGGCUGUUAUUGCCCAAGGCCUGGAGCCUCUUCCACAACCGGAACCUGUUGGAGAAACGGGCGAAAAGCCUACAUACUCGACAAUGCCCGACUGGAUUACGAAUCCAGUCACGAAAUCUCCAUAUGACAGAGAGGACGGACAACCCGUCAAGUUCGAUAGUAUUAGUCUCGAUAGAGGGGUGGUUUCCAAACUUGAGAAACAUGGAUACAGUGAGGCUACGCCGGUGCAAGCUACACUCAUUCCACUUUUGCUUGACGAAAAAUAUCGCCAUCAAGGCGAUUUAUGUGUUUCGGCCUCUACCGGAUCUGGAAAGACGUUGUCAUACGUACUCCCAAUCAACCAAUCACUUCAGAGGGAGCCUCUUCCGAGAUUCCGUGCUCUCAUUGUUGUACCUACUCGAGAAUUGGUAAAGCAGGCUAGAGAAUCAUUCGAAGCUUGUGGAAGCAAUUUACGAAUUGGUACUGCCAUCGGAAAUGUCGCUUUAAAGGACGAACAACAGAAGAUAAUCAGAUGGGAGUCUGUCUACAGCCCUGAAAAAUACGACCAGGAUCAGCAUAAGACUUUGUCGGAAGACGAUUGGUCGGAAUUCGAUCUUUUCAAAUAUAGAAGUGAGGUAGAGCGCACAAAAGACCAGUUACCUCAAUGCGUCCAAGUGGCUCGACCCAAUAUAGACGUUCUUAUUUCUACGCCUGGUCGAUUGGUGGAUCAUAUUCGCCAAACGGAAGGGUUCAGUCUUCGUCAGCUUCAGUGGCUCAUAGUAGAUGAAGCGGAUCGGCUGCUCAACGAGAGUUUCCAGGAAUGGGUCUCCGUUCUCAUGAGUGCGUUGGACAAAGAAAAGACUGCUAAUGCAGGGGACUCUGUCCUGGCCGAGAUAGGACGGCCUAUCCGGUCACCUUAUCCGAGAAAAGUGAUUCUAAGUGCAACGCUUACCAACGACAUCACAAAACUCAACUCGCUGCGCUUGGACAAUCCAAAAUUAGUCGCAAUCGGCUCAAGGAAUGUGAACCCCGAUGAAGAAGGCGCAAAUCAUGAAACCGAGCAAUUCGUCUUGCCGUCCACCCUGACAGAACAUUACAUUCCCGUCGGUAAUGGUUCUGAGAAACCGAUUCACCUGAUGAAGUUGAUACUCAGAAUUAACAAAUCAAAGUGGAGAAGUAUCGCAACCCCUGCCUAUGCUUCGCUUGUUGGUAGCAAGAAAACCAGAAAUACUGCUUGGGAGGAUGAUACCAGUUCGGAUGAUGCUACAAGUUCCUCAAGCAGCGAUUCGAGCAGUUCUGACGAGUCUUCAGACUCUGGUUCUGAGGCGGAUUCGGAUUCUGAAUCCGACUCUGGCUCCGAUUCUUCUUCUGGUUCUUCUUCUGGUUCAUCUUCCGGAUCUAGCUCUGAUAACGAUUCUGAUUUAUCUUCUGACUUAUCUUCUGACUUAUCUUCUGACUUAUCUUCUGACUUAUCUUCUGAUUCAUCUUCCGAUUCGUCUUCUGAUUCGUCUUCUGACUCCAGCCCUGAUGACGAUUCUGACAAUACCUCCGACUCAGAAUCCGAGACUUCUUCCAUCGACAGCGAAUCUUCAGAAGUCGUCCCAGUAAAACCCGACACUGGCACUACUACCUCAAUGCUCAUCUUCACCAAAUCCACUGAAUCCGCAGCCCGCUUAUCCCACCUUCUCGGCCUCAUGAAUCCAGCAUUAAAAGACAAAAUCGGCACAAUAAUCAGAUCAAACGACUCCUUUUCCUCUCGUAAAACCCUCAAAGACUACCGUGACGGAAAAAUAAGCAUCAUAGUGGCCACUGACCGUGCCUCGCGCGGUAUUGACCUUGUCGGCCUGGGCGCAGUGAUCAACUACGACAUGCCCGCCAGUUUGACCACAUACGUCCACCGUGUGGGACGAACUGCGCGAGCCGGGAAAUCAGGUCAGGCAUGGACUCUCGUUGUGCAUCGCGAGGGACUGUGGUUCCAUAAAGUGAUUGUCAAGAGCGAACAUGUUGUUCGAUCAGGCAAUGGAGUCAAGCCUACGAGGAAGGAGAAGAAUACCAAGGCUAUGGUUAAGGAAUAUACGGCUGCUCUUGAGGGGUUGGAGAAGGCCGUUAAGGGGUGA